GUUCUGAAAUUAGUUUUUUAAUUAGUGUUCGAAAAGUCUUCCCGACAUCUGGUCAAACAUUGAAGUGACACCCAAAAUUUUUCAAAAAAACAACUAAACGCGCCCUAAGUAAUCUCUACUCCUAAAAAGUUUCAAUUGGUGACUCGUCCGUCGCCCCCAGUCGGCCUCCUCCUCGUCAGUCUGCCUCGCAUGAAAUUGGAGACGUCCGAUCGCAGACUUAGGCCCUGUUUGGGACCGUGUACGUGGGCCGCGCGUUCUGCCAACCUCGCUCGCCAGAGAAUCGGGAUUCUCUCCGCGAUUUCCGAUUACGGAUUCUUAGUUCAAAAGGCUGCCGCAUGCUGAAGCCGCGAUGGAGGUAAGCGCGACGAACGCAGUCCGUUUGACGGGAUUUUCUUGCUUCUGGCGUUCUGAUGGCUGAGAAUCCGUUUAUAAGCGGAAACAAACAGGACGCCAAUGAACGAUGCUCCGGAACAAUCGCCGGUAAACAACGAGAGCCCUCGGAUUCCGUCGUCAAACCAAUGAACGAUACGAACGCGAUGCCUUCCCCUCGCGCCUCCCCUUCACGCCGCCGCAGCCCUCCGCCCAACGCGCGGUGCCGCUCCGCCCCGACGCGCGGCCCUCGGGACGCCGCCCCGCCGCGGGCGCCGGUUUGCGGCCCUCCGCCCCAACUCGCGGCGCCGCUCCGCCCCGACACGCGGCUCUCGGGACGCCGCCCCGCCGCGACGCCGACGCACGGCCCUUGGGGCUCCGGUCGGGGCCCAACGCUCCGCCCGACGCGCGGCGCCGCUCCGCCCCGACGCCUCCCCCGCGCUUCACCUCAGAGUUGAGGAAGUUGAGUUCCAGCCGCGGUAGGAGCAGCGUCGGAAGGCGAGGGGAAGUUGAGUUUAGCCUUGGACCAGCGGAUGUCCACCCCGCAGCCGUCGACUCCCUCGACGCACACCCCGACGCGCCGUCCUCAACUGAAUUCCUGAUUGUAUUCAAACAAGUGCUUUGAAAUUCUUCUAACCUGAAUUACUGAAGCUACCAUUACAGAAUGGUAGAAAGGAUGAUUGAGUUUCUCUCUAGCUCAGCCAAGCUACCAUGUGAGUUACUGAGUUUCCAGGCGGUCUCUGGGAAUAUGGAUAUUGCUCCAUUAAAGCUGGACAUAUAAUGAGCUGAUAGCCGAUUAUGACAAGGAGAACAGCACGGCAUUGACUGACUUCAAGCGAGUUUGGAAGGCAAAGAAAUUUUCUUAUCUCUAUGAAGGCAGACCUAAGACAAACUCCAAUUUUUUCAUGCAGUCCCUCUUUCUGCAUUGUAUUGUUCUCUACACCGAAGAUUUGCCUGGGCUUUACUGUCUGUCUGAGUGUCAGCCAUACAAGCCACAGUUCAAGGUUUACUUGUCCCUUGCAGAGGAGUGCAGGCAACUGAAAGGUUUUGUUGUUAUGGCUAAGCAAAAUGGAUUGCAUCUCGCGCCGGCACUUGUCAAAAGGAUGUGCAAUAAAGGCAUGUUUUUGUUUGGCUACAUGAAUUCGCUGGGUGAUGACAGUGAGAAGCAGGGUGCGGAGUUUGAGCUUGAUAGCAUCAAGAAAUUGUCAAAGGAGUAUGCUGAAGCCAAAGAAUUGGCUUUUGCAGAGGCAGGCCAAACCGUCAACAUUGAAGAUGCUAAGCACAUCCUUCAGAGUGAUAAACUGUUGGGUGACAAGAUAGAUGAUGAGGCCGUCAAAGAAUGGGAUGCUCAGAAAGAAUUCUAUGAGAGAACAGGACAAUGAUGAAUCAGGAGAGUACAUCACGAGUACGACGACUUUGAUGGGUUGCGGUGUCUAGGUUGAAUUUGAGAUUAUAUUAUAUCAAAUAAUUUGUGAAACCUUGAACCAAUUGUGUUCUAUAUCAUGGGAAUAUUGGUAUAUGAGGUUAUAAUUUUU